GUCUUGAUCUGGUCUUUCACCAUAUUAUAGUCAAUAUCUCUCAUUCUAAAUUCUAAUUUCUAAUUUCAUUCUCUCUCAAAUCGUUUCUAUUUUCUAUUUAUUUAUUUUUCAGUUCCUGUAAUAAUAUCACUACUCCGUUUUAUGAAUCCAAAUUCAAUAUUGUACAAUCCAUCUAUUCGAUCAGUUUCAAAUCUUUUUCUCAAGAAAACCUUCAGAGUUUGAUCUGAUUCAGUUUCAAUUUUACUACCAAAAAAAUGGCUACUAGUAGUAGCAAGAGAGAUUCAUCUUCUUCUUCUUCUCGGUGGCAUAAAUUUUCCACAAGAAUUUCAACUUCUUUAGCUUCAGCUUUACUUGAAUGGUUAUUGAUCCUUUUUCUCUUUAUUACCGCUGUUUUCUCUUACGUUAUUACUAAAUUUGCUUCUUACUGUAAAUUGAAAACUCCGUGUUUAUUCUGUUCAAGAAUCGAUCAUGUGAUAGGUAAAGAGAAAAGAGGUUACUAUUUGGAUUUGAUUUGUAGUUAUCAUAAGUCUGAGAUUUCUUCUUUAGUUUAUUGUUGUGAGCAUGAUAACCUUGUUAAUAUUCAAGGUGUUUGUGAAACUUGCAUAUUAUCUACUGCGACUGUAGAUAAAUUGAAUGCCGAGAGUUCGAAAUUAUUGGUUGGUAAAUCGGUGGAAGAAGAAUCCGGAUCCAUGUUUGAUCGGGAUCCGUUACUCGAUACGAGUGAACGGAGGAUUGCCGGACAGUGUUCUUGUUGUAGUGAGCAAUUUGUUUUAAAUUGUUAUGAUAAGAAUUUUGUAUUCACCAAAUCGACGGCUCGGUCUAGGGCUGUUGAUUUUGAUGUGUUGGAUGAUGUUGAGAAUAGUUUAUAUGAGAAAAUAAGUGCCAAGCCGUUUGUAUCAGUCAGAGAUGCGCGUGUGAGAAAUGAUCACGCGGAUCGUUUGUCGCGUGUAGGUUAUACUGAACUUAAGAUUAGUUCUGAUACCGAGUCUGAAUAUGAAAUUCCUUUAUCAGAUGAUGAUGGUGUAAGUGAACCGGUUCUUAGAAGAGAUGAUGCCGAGGAUGAUGUAAGGGUUCCGUUAACAGAUGAUACCGAGGAAGAUAUAAGGGUUCCGUAUGAAUAUGUGGAGCUUCCCAGUGUUGAUGAUUCGAAUGAGGAUCUGAUUUCUGGGAAGCUCGGGACUUCAGCGUCUGUGUUUGAGCCGUUGUUGUCGGAACCAGGAAUGCAAGUAGAAAAUAUAGAUAUUGGUGAUAUCAAAACUGUAGCAGCAGCAGUGGAAAGUGGGAAUGGUUUGACAGAACUUAAAUGGGAGAAGAUUGAAAGAAGUGCUGUGUGUCCCUCUCCAAGUGAGGCUACUCCCUUCAAUGAUGUUCCUAUAUUAUCAAGUAAAAUCGGAGGGCCUGUUGAAGUAUCAAAGGAAAACUAUGGUUUUAGAACUGAUGAAGAGGGGUUAACGUCUGAUCGAGGACCCACCAUGGACAGUGAAGAAAAUAUUAAUUCAGGUAAUAAGCUAAAAGCAUCCGAAGAAGGUUCAGAACCAACCCUUGUUUCUAGUGAUAUUGGUCAACAAAAUCCAAAUUUGCUUGAUCUUGGGGAUGCUUAUAAGCUAGCUGUCGGUAAUAGAGGAAGACAGUUGUCUGGCAUGCUUGCAGAACAUUGGCUCGGGAAAGAUUCAGUAAGAGUUAAUGAAGAUUUGAAGAUAUUAUUGUCACAAUUCUCUGCCACUCGAGGGACUGAUAUGUCUUUUAAUGAUAUCAGUCCUAGGUUGUCUAUAAAUAGCGAAGAAGCAAAGAGUUCUGAUGUUUCCAACUCUACUGGAAUGCAGAUACUUCAAAAAAUGAUUUCUCUUGAGCGAAAUGAGUCUGGUUUGUCUCUGGAUGGAAGCAUUGUCGGUGAAAUUGAAGGUGAAAGUCCAGUUGACAAGCUUAAAAGACAAGUUGAUCAUGACAGGAAACUUAUGAAUGCUUUGUACAAAGAGCUGGAGGAAGAGAGAAAUGCUUCUGCAAUUGCUGCAAGUCAAGCUUUAGCCAUGAUUACUAGACUGCAGGAAGAAAAGGCGACAUUACAUAUGGAAGCCUUGCAGCACUUAAGGAUGAUGGACGAGCAAUCAGAAUAUGAAAUGGAAGCUUUGCAAAAUGCAAAUGACCUUCUUGCUGAGAAGGAGAAGGAGAUAGAAGAAUUGGAAGCGAAGGUUGAGUUUUAUAGGAAGAGUUUCCCUAAUGACAUGUUGGAGAACACAGUGGAGAAAAACUCUGAAAUGAAGGUGAAAGAUAUUGGAUUGGAUCAUUCACAAUGUACUUUCACUGAAAAUAAUGAAUGUGUCCCUGAAAAAUCAGUUGCUGAAAAUCCUAACAAAACUGACAUUCUACUCAUGGAGGAAAAGAAUAUUCAAUCUGUAAACAGUUCACUAAUGGAGUUUCAAGAUGAAAAGCUAUAUAUUUCCCAACGUUUGAAGAAGUUGGAGAAGCAAGUAUAUUUUUUCCUGGAUACUCAUCAUUCUCAGGAUAAUUUGCCAAAUUCUGAAAAUAUUGGAAACGAAUAUCCAGAAAACUCUGAAAAGUUGGACAAUAAUCUUCUAAAGGAGGAUUCUCUUUCGUCGUUUGAAUUAAAUUCAGAUGCCACAAUUGAUGAUCCGUCAUCCAAGAAGCCUCCAGUUUGCAAACAAAAUGGUGAAAUUGAAUACUCCGGAGGUAGUUCCCCUGUUCUCUGUGGAAAUAGCGAUUUAGCUUCUACUAGAAGUGUGGUUUCCGAUUUUAUUGAAAGGAUACAAGCGCUUGAAGCAGACCAUAGUUUCCUUGAGCAUACUAUCAACUUAUUGAGCGAAGGAGGCGAAGGACUUAAGUUAUUGCAGGAAAUAGCUAAUCGCCUGCAGCAAUUACGAAUUAUCGGGAUAAGGGAAAGAGAUCAUCCUGUCGCUUGACGAUGUAUAUAAGAUUUUCCAGAUACCUACACCAAUAAUCAGCGACGAGGACGCAAGCACAUUGAACAAUGGUGAACCAGGUAAUAGUAACUGGUGCAACUGUACAGUAACAAUAGCUUGAUAUCAUCCAUUCCAGUGUACAAGAAAAUAGGAUUUCAAAUUAUAUGGAGAGCUUUUUCACCCUUCCUUUUUCUGGGGAUAGUUUCUUUGGUCAUUUUGCUGCAUUGAAUUGUAAAGGUUUUCCACUACCAUUUGUAUUAUCUUUUACACAGAUUUUCAUUUCCUUUUGUCGUUUUUGUAUUGUAAAUGAAUAAUUCGAAGAGUGAUUGCUGGUUUAAUGAGUGUUUUCUUGUGUUGGAGUGAGUAUUUUGAAAACAGAAAGAACUAACAUCAGUAUGCUAUACUGAUUCUGCGAGA